GUUUCCGCUGGGUGUCACUCUGGGCUGGGAGAGGCGCGUUCAAAAGCGGAGGGGAGGGAAAAGCCCGCCGACAACCCGGGCCGCCCGCACCGGCAGCGCCCGCCGCUCGCCACGCCGCGGUACGGGCGGCAGCCGCUCCGCUUCCUGCGGGCCGGGGCGCUCCCGGCCCUCCGCCUCGGAGCCGGAGCCCGGCGGAGAGUGCUCGGCUGGUGCCGCCUGCGCCCCGAGCCCAGUCCCUGCGGGCGGAGGCCGUCUAACCCUGCCAGAAGGAUGCUGGAGAGCGGCUGCAAGGCGGUGAAGGAGGGCAUGCUGGAGAAGAGGAGCGACGGGCUGCUGCAGCUCUGGAAGAAGAAGCGCUGUAUCCUCACCGAGGAGGGGCUGCUCCUCAUCCCCCCCAAGCACCCCCCGCAGCCGCAGCAGCAGCAGCCGGCUCCGCCGGCCGAGCCGACGGCCAAGAUCAAGGAGCUUCACUUCUCCAACAUGAAGACGGUGGACUGCGUGGAGCGGAAGGGCAAGUACGUGUACUUCACGGUGGUGAUGGCCGAGGGGAAGGAGAUCGACUUUCGGUGCGCCCAGGAGCAGGGCUGGAACGCGGCGAUCACGCUGCAGAUGGUGCAGUACAAGAACCGCCAGGCCAUCCUGGCCGUGCGCUCCACCCGGCAGAAGCAGCAGCACCUGGCGGCUCCCCACGGGCCGCGCCUCCGCGGCGCCUCCAACUCCGCCUAGCGCAGGUUACCUUCACGGAGCGCUUCGGAGAAGAGGACAGAGCGCGUUCGUGUCGGACCUGCUCCUGGGGCUCAGAAACUGGGCAAACGCCGGAGGUGCAGGUAGAGCGGAGAGAAGCGGCUCAAUAGCCUGAACCUCAGCCAGCUGCUGCUGCUGCUUUGCCGCCCUCGGUGCCGAGAAGCAUUUCAAAUCCAUUAUUUAUGAACCUUGGAAAGGAUCCUUUGGUGCGAUGGGACUUCUAGGAGACAUGAUGUACUGUAACUUUAUUUUAAUGUAUUUUAUUUUAUUUAUUAGGGUUGUUUUCUUUUGGUUUUGUUUUCCUCUUUAUUUUUUUUUAAGGCUUAUUUGCAAGACAUUUCUGAAUGUAGGCCAUAUCAAAAAAGUAAAGGUAAAAACAAUAUGCAUGUUAGCUCCCUAAAAAUACGGAAAAGUUCUGGGUAUUUUGACUGUGUGCAAUUUGACAAAAGAGUUUUUUUAUUUUUACCCAAAAUACACUGUAUUCCACCAGAAUGGAAAAUGUGAUGUGUGUUUCAAAAUUUGGCUGAAACUCAUACUGCAUAUGAAACCUAUUUUCUCUAAUGAGAACAACAAUUAGAGUCUGGGGCUUAAAUUAUUUUUUUUUAUUAAAUAUUAAACGUGGUGGAAGAUGAUAAGAAGUGAUUCAUGCUUGGCUAUUCAAAAAAGCAAUGCCGCUUGUCAUUCUGAGAUUAAAACCAAUCUGUUUAGUGUAUGAGCGGAAGGAAUCUGACCAACUUCUUUUGUGAUACAGGAAUCUGAGUUGGAUUCCAGCUGUCUUUGUGGUGUGCUUGCUUCUAGGCUGGUGGGCCAGAGCUGGGAAGUGUUCAUGAAUGUUUCUUAGCGAUCAGGGCUCCCUCUGCACGUUCAGUUUUUAAGUGAUCUGAAGUCUCAACUUGUGUUGCAUUUUCAUGGCAUUUUUUAAUGUCUUGCAUUAAAGUAGUUCGUAGUUUAAAAAUCCAUUUUAUGUAUGUCUUAGUGUGCAAAUGGAUUAUUUUGGUCACAGUUUUCAUAAGCUGAAAGUUGCUCUCUAGCUGAGAUGAACUCGAUUAAUUUUGGUGUUUAGCACUGUCAGAUGUUGAGAGAGGCGUGCCAUCUUGCCUCUAAAAACGUUGAUGAUGCCAUGAAGUUGGAAAACAAAGGGCUAAUUGCACAGCUGGUGUGUGUUUCUCUGCCUCUUAAAAGUCGGUGGGAGUUUGGCUGCCGAUGCUGGCGGGAGCGGGUCGGAGCUCCUCGCCCAGCGCAGAGGACAGAGUCGGGUAUGGGCGGUGAGCUUUCUAGGACAGGGCCUUUCUGACGAUGGGUGCUGCUACCGCCCAGGUUCUCUGGUUUAAAUGAAAUGGGGAGGCUGCAAGUGGGAUAGAGCAAUGUGGCCCAUGAUCUCUGGUCCAAGUUAAAAAUGUCAAAGCCAUGGAGAUAUUUAUUUUAGCUAGUGUGGUGAGGAAAAUGGCUUUUGGUCCCUUUGCAAUUUACAUUAAUAUAGACAAAGUCUUUUAAAGCUACACAUUCAAGGCUUUUCUUUCUGUGUAAAUGAGGUAACGUGGCAUCAAGAGCCUUACAUUCUCGGUGCAAGCUUAUUUCUGUAAGUGUUUAAAGCAAAAAGCUGGUGUGUUACUCAAAGGAAGAUUUUAGAAUUCACUACUGUGAAUGGUGUUGGUCUCUGCACUCCAAGAUUAAGGUUAGUCCUGUAAGGAGUAAUCUGAGGUGUGUGUUAGCCCUUGGCUUUUGUUCCUUCCCCCAGGUGUCAGGGUCGCAUACCUAGAUGAGCAAAACAUGUCAUAGUGCAGAAUCAAAGCCCUGACAAUCCAGUGUAGUUAUUCCUGAGCGCUGCUUCUCGACCUGGCCCUUGACAAGGCUGUGUGAUGAACUUGGGGUGGUAGAUUACAGCUGUCCUAACAAAGUCAUUAUUUUGUGAUUAAUUGAAAUCCAAGGUGCCCCGCAUCUUCUAGGAUUAGGUUCGCUGGCUUGGCAAUCGUAAUACUCAGUUUCCAUGUCUCUGUACAUCUGCCAUUAUCAUUCUGCUAACGCUUGGAUGUUAGAGCUGUAAGGGGAUUCUCUAAUGAGCUAGUCAAAGACUCACAAAAUAGACUGUAAUUUGUAAUUUGUCUCCUCUAUUUGGAGUAAUUAAUUACAGUUUAUUGAGAAACUAAUCCACCUUUUCAGGUAUACAGAUGUAUUGCUGAUCUCACCUACUAAAACACAUUUUAGCCUAGUCAAGGAUAAAUGUAACUGAUGAGAAUUAAUUCCUAUUUGAUCAGAGACACAUUUCCCUGAAAGAGGCAGUUAUUCUUGACCUCAGUGGAUGCAAGCCUCUGAAAGCUACAAGUCUAUGGUGUAGUCUACAGCUGAAAUUUUACUGUUCUUCUGUAAGUACUUUUACAUUGAAAGCUAAAGAUGAUAAUUUUAGUGAGAAAAUUGACUUGAAGGUAUGAAGAAAUUACUUUCUUUUUGAAUUUGCUCGCUCUUUUCACCAAUUCAAGGUCAAUACCCCACUUUCAUGUUUCUUGCUUUAAGUUGGUCUGAAGGAUGAUCUGGAAAUCUUUUGGACUGAUGUAGUUCAACAAAUUUUUGUUGCUUGUCAUUGCCUGCUGUGUUACCUGUUUAAAAAUUUUGGUGUCAGCCAUCCUCCUAGUGUGGGAGGUGGUCACAUCACAAAAUCUACCUUGAUACCUCCAGC